GACAUGAAUGAUGCCAUACCCCAAAUUCAAAUUUUUUAACGAUCACGGCGGGGUUCCAGAACCUCUCAUUUCUACUGAGGAAUUCUGCUUGUACGCCCCAUUGGUUUUGUGCAUAGGAACAAUACUGUCAUUGGGACUUGGUCCCCCUAUAGAAAUUGACAAUGUUCUUACCGAGAUUUUAGCAGAACACGCUGUAUCUGCAGCAACACUUUUUGUAUGUUUCAACAUUGUACAAGUUUUUCAUCCGGUGGACAGCCAUGUCGAUGAGACGUUGGAAUCCCCAUCUUCCUCAACAUCCGAGGACAUCAAGUUUACUGACGCUUCUUCUCAAACAGAAGAUAGAAACUACAAAAUGGAGACGAUGCUUAUGAAGCAGAAAUAUGACAAAGAGAUCAGAAAGUUAGGCAGAGAAUCCAGGAUUGUGAAGAGGAAAUUUGGCAAACAAAUCACAGAUUUACGACGAAAGAUAGAAUCCACCGAUAAGGAACUGAGUAGCCUACAGUUACAGAUCCCCGCCCUUGAGAACGAGAGAUCCGCCCUACUGUCGGAGACUGACGCAGUGGAUAAACAACUGGAGGAAGAGAAGUUCCGUUAUGAUACAUUGAUGACAAAGUACGAGGCUUUCCAUGCCCAGCUCAUGCAGAGUGGAAUUGCCUCGUUAAUGUCUAUGAACUUUUUAAACUCCCGUCCAGAGUUAUGGCAACAGAUUUAACUGCAUCAUUGAGUAAUAAUAUUAUUUCUAUUUGGUGUAUAGAUGGUGGCAGAAUAUAUAAUUUAACAUUGAUAAAUUA